UAAAAUUUUAAAUCAGUUGUCAAAAAGUUUACUAAAUUCCAUUUGUUUUGCAAAUAUUAAAUUUAAUAAAACGCGCACUAAUCCGAAGUCAAUUUUAAAAUGAUUUCAUCCGAUAAUGAAAGUUUAGACGAUGAAAUUAAAGAGUUAUUAGAAAAUUAUAAAUUCAAAAAGGCAACUAUAUAUGAACCAUGUACAUUAAAGAACUUUAAAGAAUGUUUAAUCAGACUGAACGAGGAAUUCUCUCUGUUAAAUAUAGAUUACAUUUUCAACCCACAUAUAGAUGUUGAAAAUGAUACUUUAAGUCCAGGUGCCAUCGUAAAACUAAUAAAUUCAGUUUGGACACUGUUACAUCACUUUAAGAAUGUUUCGGAUAAAGUUGAAGGCUUAGAAGAGCAAAAUCAUAUUCUGGAAAAUAACAACAAACAUCUAAAUUACACAAUUGAAAGAUUAAAUGUGAAGUUGAGCACUGAAAAGAAUGAAUCAAAAGCAUGUGUUGCCUCUGCACAGCGAGCUUCAGAUCAGUCUAAUGAAAUAUAUCAAAAGCUAUUGGACUCAAAGAUGAAAUUGAAUCAGUUAACUAAGCAAAAAGAGACUAAUGAAAAGUACUUGCAGAACAAAAUAGCAAGACUACAGCUUGAAAACAAUAAGAUUUUAGAUAGACUAAGGAAUAAAUCAGACAACUUCACACCUUGCGCUGAUAUUUGUGAUUCAACACUCAUGCAGCUGAAAGAGCGUGAACGAAAACAAAGAGCAGUAAUAGCUCAGCUACAAGCUAAUAAUCAAGAUUUACUAAGAGAAGUAUUGGCUCUCAAGGAGGAGCUCAUUCUUGAAGGACUUGGUGGUGUGAAAAUUAAAUAGCUUGCAACAAAAUCUAAUAUAAUAAUAGCAUAAGUAUUAAUUGUCUUAAUUAAUUGAUCUCUUAAAAUAUUAAAAUGUAGAUUUCUAAUUAUAACUAAUCCUGAUGGUUGUGUUAACAUUAUUAAUAAAUACUGUAAAAAUCGUUAUUUUAAUACCUAUUUUUGUGAUG